GACUAAUCAGGAGGCUAUGGUCUACUUUAAUAUAUGUUGCAUGUUAUGUACGGAAGAGACGCCCUAGGGAUAUGCCAAAACUUUAGAUAUCAGACGCUACUUGAUACCCUUCACAAUUCUACAGGAUUUUGAAAAACCAAAACAACUGUGUCUGUUUUCUUAGAAUCCUGAGGAGUUCUGAGAUAUCUUCCAAACGCUUUGACAAAUAUUGAUAAUAAUGCAUCGAUUUUUGCAAAUAGUGAUAACUUUCUGUACAAGUUUCUUUUACAUCUACUGUGAAAACUUAUAUUUGAACCAGUGGGCAGUUCAUGUUGAAGGUGGAAAUGAAGUUGCAAAUCGUUUGGCCGAAACACACGGUUUUGAAAAUAUUGGUCAGAUUGGGAGCAUAGAUGAUCACUAUCUGUUUGUACAUAGAAAACUUGUAAAACGUUCAACUAGUUCAAGUCCUGACCACCACUCUCUGCUACAUAAUGAUCCAGAGGUUAAGUGGGUGGAACAACAGGUCUCCAGGAAGAGAGUAAAGAGAGACUUCCAAGAGACUAAAUCCAGCCAUAUGUCAUUCCAGGAUCCACUCUGGUCAAAACAAUGGUAUUUCGAUUAUGUAACUCUGCUAAAGAAUUACUUUGUCUGUGUGAAGUCCUGACGCAUGCCCAUAUAUGGACAAAUAUUGAAAUACCACAUCUAUUUUGGAUAUGA